AUGACUCUUGUUGAAGCAAACGACAUCACUUCAUCGCACCUACAUUCUGGCCAUCGAGAGGAUUUCAUCGAAACUCAAUCGCAAAAACUCAGCCGAAUUAAUCCCGCGACUCAUUCUCCUCAAGCCUCCUUCUUAUCGGAUAAGGGUACAGUGCGACAUCUCAGGGCAUCCUUUAGCGGCCAAAUGGCGACCAAAGAGCCCGAAUCGCAGCCGCAAAGAAGAUGGGUUCCUGCCACGAUCGGCGUCUGUCACUGGCAGACGGCCAACGAUAGGUUUGGGCCUGAUGCAAAAGCAGCCAUUCGAGAUCGCGAACGAGUGGCUCUUGGGCUUCCUGCUCUGGGCCACCAAGCGUCAUACUUGUGGACACCAGAGUUUCUCGAUCAAGAGAGCGUAAACGAGCAUUCCAUUUAUAGUACCUUGCCUGCAGCACAGUGUUAUCGCAAUAACUUGACAGCCCUAUCGCAGGCAUACAACGUUUGUCACUGCGGCUCCAAGGCUAUCCGCUGCGUGCUAACUGGUUCACAGCUCUAUUUUGUAGCCUAUCAAAGCUACAUAUUUGUAUACGUGCCACGAAGUAUAGCGAGACAGCGGCUACCCAGGCGCCCUGAUUACCAGUUUCGCUGUGAGCCUAGCAAAGUUGCGCCUCACAUCGGGGGCUAUGUAGACCAAGUCGUCCCCCACUCCGUCAAUCAUCUCACGACUGGCUUUCUCGGAAACGAAGAGAUUGUCGUCGCAUGCUGUGAUGACGGGGAGGUUUACGCAUACUACACAAGGGAAAUUGCCGAAUGGAUAGCUUUGCAAGAAAAUUCGCCCCUCGCACAUCAUGCAGGGCCAAAGAGAUUCAGAUGCGCAUCAGCAAAGCCGCCAACUCACUUCUUCCGGGAGAAUGUAGGAGUUUCGGCGUGGGGCCUAGCGGUGCAUCGGCAGUCGCGUCUCAUUGCCGUGAGUUCCAAUCGUCGGGAAGUGACUGUAUUUGCAUUUGCACUGCAACGUCCAAGAAGAAGCAACCAACAACAGGAAGAAGAAGAUGCGGCAUGCGAUGGACCAGCAGCAUAUGUACGAAGACGCAGCAAGAACUGGCGAAUCGUGAUUGCACUCGGCCAAACUACAAGCAAUAUUCCCAAUAUAUGCUUCAUAGACGACGAAAAUGGUGGUGCGGAAAAGGUUGCCGCGGUUGACAUUGAUGGAUGUGCCUGGAUCGCAGACAUAUGGAAUGCUAGCCAGCCAGUGUCUGCUAUCAGAUCAACGGAUCCAUCGCUACGGCGCAGCGAGGAAAGCGUCGGUGAAUCAUCUCGGGGCUGGGGCAUUUUGGCUCUAUCUGACGACAGCUUCGUGACUGUAAACACCUUGGAUGAGCUCAUUGGAGGUGCACCCGGUGAGAUAGUUCCUGCUUACGGCACUGGUUCGCAACCCAUGGCCGAUGUUGAGCCUUGCGUCCGAGCCAUACCCGAUAAUCCGUGCCCCGAGUUUGAGUCUGGAUUAGAUCGAAUGGACAACUUGCAGAUGCUCUUUCCCGGCCAGAAUGCCCUCCAAGCGAUAGCAAGCCUACUGGGAAAUGCGGAAGGGGUUUUCGGCGACGACUCAGACGAAGAUCAAAUAGUAAAUAACGACGCAAACGAAGGAGAGAAUGAGGAUGAAGAGGAUGACGAGGAUGACGAGGAUGACGAGGAUGACGAGGAUGACGCAGACGAAGAAAUGGAGGACGAAGAUGAAGAUAUACAUGAACAAGAUAUCGAAACUGCCUGGGCAGUAGCGGCAGAAGGUGUGGACACAGAUUACCACUCUGAUGUUUCAUGGGACGGCGACGAGUUUGUGGAGGAAAUCAUUAUUGACCACGUCUUGAACGAAGGAUCAACACAAGCCGAUCCUCAUCAUUCAGAAGCCCCUCAGACAUUGCACCACCCCUGGUGGUAUACCGCCGAGUCGUAUGUACCGUCUUCUCCCGACCUGGUGGCUACAGAAACGGACUGGGAUAAAAUGGGGGAAAACUUGGUGUAUUUCCCGCAUUCUGGCCGCAUCGCGCCCAUGCCUCGGGAGACGAUUCCGUUGGCAAAAUUCCUCAAACGAUCACCACGCGAAUACGGCGUCUGUGGCCAGGGCAAACUACACAGUAUCCCGAAAAACUACCACUUGAUCCGGGCGUAUGAGAAGGACGUUGAACUGAGAACUCUUCGAGCCGAUCACCUGGGUGAGGAACAGGCAAUUGGCAUUUACUGCCCCAACACUCUCACCUUUGGGAGCUUUCAUGACCGAAACUUGCGACCCUACUUUAGAGCGACUAGCCGGAUGAGCCUAAUUAUGCACGUACCAGAGCUUUCGCUUGUGAUUAUCGGGUCUCCCACAGGCAGAGUGCUCCUCCUCACGCCAACUCGUCUUUCAAACCCGCAGAGCGCAGCGACGGGAUUUGCCAAGUGCCCGCGGAGCGGAUCGAGGGAGGUUUGGAGCCACGGCCUUCGAGUGGAGUGGGUGCUGCCUCGCAGCUCAGACGACAUUUGCCACGGCCAGCAUCGAAGACCGCUGCAUGGCGUCGCGGUAGGGCCUGUGCAGGACGAACGCGGUGUAGGUGCGGCGGGCUCUGGUCACGCUUCUACGCCACGGCGGUAUCGAUUGAUGCUACAUUAUCGCAAUCACGACAUUGCAACGUUUGAAAUUACGCGGCAAGAACAAACGGGAAAGCUGUGCAUCUUUUGA